CCCCGUCCCCCACGAGGAACCGUCUCCAGCCUUCCGAUCCCGCCCCUCUCGGCCGACCGCUUCGGGCUGAUUCAGGAGGAGCUAGCCGACGAUCCCUUCCGCCUCCUCGUCGCCGUAACAUUCCUCAUCCGGACGGCCGGCAAGACGGCCAUCCCCGUGUUCCGCCAGCUGAUGGAGCGGUUCCCCACCCCGGAGGCGCUCGCCGGCGCGGAUCCCGCGGAGAUCAUCUCGCUGAUCCGCCCCCUGGGCUUGUCGGCCGUGCGCUGUGCAGCCAUCCAGAAGUACGCCCGGCUGUGGCUCGAGAGGCCCCCGACCAGGGAGGUGCGCUACGGGGUGAAGAAUUAUCCCCGUCCGGGCGACGGUUGGUACGUGAGGGCGGGGGAGGAGUUUGGUCCCGAAGACAGCCCGGCCGCGUGGGAGAUUGGCCAUCUCACCCAGGGCCCCUACGCGCUGGAUUCGUGGCGGAUCUUUUGCAGAGAUGUGCUGCUUUGCCGGUCCGAGCACUGGACGGGAAAGGGGAGCGCACCGGGGUUUCAGCCCGAGUGGAUGCGUGUUCUGCCGGCAGACAAGGAGUUGAGGGCGUGUCUGCGGUGGAUGUGGAUGCGAGAGGGAUGGGAAUGGGACCCUCUUACUGGUGAGCGGGAGCCACUCCGCGAGGACCUGCGGCGCGCCGUGGACGAAGGUAAUGUUGGCUAUGAUGACAGUGGGAAUCUGGUGAUUUUGAACCAAGCCGAGGAGAGCGUUGCAUCGGGGGCAGUCGAACCGAUGAGCACUCGGGAAGAACUUCCACGCCCAAGGGCCGCUGGACAAUAG